GUGCAUAUUAAGCAUUGUGCUCUGCCACCCAGCUUAUCUUCAGCCCUUAAAAGAUAUUUUAACAUUUCCUCUGGCACUGCAGGAUUAACUAUCAUAGACACUAUUAGAGACCAGAGAUUAAAUCUCCAGGAUUCUCAGGUCUAUUCUUCCAUCUAAGAAAUGUACAUAGAUCCAAGAUGUGCCUAUCAUUAUUUUUGUGGGGGGAGGAAGGAAAACAGUAUCUGCUUUGUAAUUACCACUUGAACUAUCCCUCUAGUCCUGUUCCAGUCAUCGGUGAUAACUGGGUCCUUUCCCAUGUUCUUGAUGUGUAAAUCGGUACAAAUUUCAAAAAAGACAACUGUUUGUUUGCCCUCCAAACGCCAAAAACCUCUUGGUGCUCACUUCUAACUUGGCCUGAUGCUUUUUCAUUAUAGGUAAUAUUUAUAAAGAUUAUGUUUUACUUUUUAUCAGUUUAACUUAGCUAAUCAGUUGCUACUGGUUUGUAUAGGAUAAAUUGUCAGAAGCACAGUUCAUUUGUUCCUAUGGCAUUUGUAUUUUAGCCUUGCCUUGACAGAGAAUGAAGAGCUUUCUAAACUACUCAUAAAGCUAAAUGGUUAGCUCAAAAUUUGUCAAAGAUUCCCCACACUUAAAUAUGUAAUACUUGAGAUCUUGUUUAUAAGAAAUUCUAGUUUACUUGUACUGGGUGUUCUGGUUAAUUUAACAUGUUUCGGUAUGUUUUUCUUAAUCAGAGAAAGUCAGUACUUCCUCUCUGCCUACCUUGUACUCCCAUCUAUCUUACAUGUUUAAUGUUUUUUCCUUGAUCCUAAUCAACUAGGUCUAAAGCAUAGUUAGUUAAAUGUUAGCUCCUCUUAGCUUCUUGUAAAGUGGAUUUGAUUUUGAAUGCUCUGUUCUUAAUGGGACAUAAAGUCAACAGUAUAGUUCUCUGGCUUGUACAUUUGGCACCAUAAUAACGGGCAUUACAGUCUAGUUGUGUCAGCACUUAUUACAAAUAAACUUAAUGCAGCCAUUUCUGCUUGUUCAUGCUUCCCUCAGGUGUAUCAGAAUAGAGACACAAAGAUAGCCAUGGGAGUUUUGUCUCUGCCUUGCUAAAUGGGUCAUUUGAGCUCUUUAAUUAUGCCUCUUUCUCUUCGUCUGGAAACUUUGGACUAGUGACAGAACUAAGAAGGAGAUUCCAAGAAUAUCAACCCUAAAAGAAUUUCCAAUAGAAAUUUCUUUCAUAUUUCUGACAAGUAUCUUGAGCUAGUUGAUGGACUAGAACUGUUUCUCUUCUGACUUAGCAUAUAAUUUAGGACUUAAAUUUAGGUGUCCUAACUGCAGUCUCUGCUGCUUCCCUUUGAAAGCUUUAAGAUGCUGAUAAUUUUUCUGAUUUCUGUUAUCCUUCAGGCUGUAAGACUGGAAAGUACUUACCAGAAUCGAACACGCUAUAUGGUAGUAGUUUCGACUAAUGGUAGACAAGACACUGAGGAAAGCAUCGUCCUUGGAAUGGAUUUCUCUUCUAAUGACAGUAGCACUUGUACCAUGGGCUUAGUCCUGCCUCUCUGGAGUGACACCCUAAUUCAUUUGGAUGGUGAUGGUGGCUUCAGCGUAUCAACAGAUAACAGAGUUCACAUAUUCAAACCUGUAUCUGUGCAGGCAAUGUGGUCUGCACUACAGAGUUUACACAAGGCCUGUGAAGUGGCCAGAAUGCAUAACUAUUACCCAGGAAGCCUGUUUCUCACCUGGGUGAGUUACUAUGAGAGCCAUAUCAACUCAGAUCAAUCCUCAGUCAAUGAAUGGAAUGCUAUGCAAGAUGUGCAGUCCCAUCGGCCCGACUCUCCAGCUCUCUUCACAGAUAUACCAACUGAACGUGAGCGAACAGAAAGGCUAAUUAAAACCAAAUUAAGGGAGAUAAUGAUGCAGAAAGAUUUGGAGAAUAUCACAUCCAAAGAGAUACGAACAGAGUUGGAAAUGCAAAUGGUGUGCAAUUUGAGAGAAUUCAAAGAAUUCAUUGAUAAUGAAAUGAUAGUGAUCCUUGGUCAAAUGGAUAGUCCUACACAGAUAUUUGAGCAUGUGUUUCUGGGCUCAGAGUGGAAUGCUUCCAACUUAGAGGAUCUACAGAACCGAGGGGUGCGGUAUAUUUUGAAUGUCACUCGAGAGAUAGAUAACUUCUUCCCAGGAGUCUUUGAGUAUCAUAACAUCCGGGUAUAUGAUGAAGAGGCAACCGAUCUCCUGGCUUACUGGAAUGAUACUUACAAAUUCAUCUCUAAAGCAAAGAAACAUGGAUCUAAAUGCCUUGUGCACUGCAAAAUGGGGGUGAGUCGCUCAGCCUCCACUGUGAUCGCUUAUGCAAUGAAGGAGUAUGGCUGGAAUCUGGACCGAGCCUAUGACUAUGUGAAGGAAAGACGAACGGUGACCAAGCCCAAUCCCAGCUUCAUGAGACAACUAGAAGAGUACCAGGGGAUCUUGCUGGCGAGCAAACAGCGGCAUAACAAGCUCUGGAGAUCUCAUUCAGAUAGUGACCUCUCAGACCACCAUGAACCCAUCUGCAAACCUGGGCUGGAACUCAACAAGAAGGAGAUCACCACCUCAGCAGACCAGAUUGCAGAGGUGAAAACCAUGGAGAAUCACCCACCUAUACCUCCUGUCUUUGUGGAACAUGUAGUCCCACAAGAUGCAAAUCAGAAAGGCCUGUGUACCAAAGAAAGAAUGAUCUGCUUGGAGUUCACUUCUCGGGAAUUUCAUGCUGGACAGAUUGAAGAUGAAUUAAACUUAAAUGACAUCAAUGGAUGCUCAUCAGGGUGUUGUCUCAAUGAAUCAAAAUUCCCUCUUGACAACUGCCAUGCAUCCAAAGCCUUAAUUCAACCUGGACAGGCCCCAGAAAUGGCCAACACGUUCCCAGACUUAACAGUGGAAGAUUUGGAGACAGAUGCACUGAAAGCAGACAUGAAUGUCCACUUACUGCCGAUGGAAGAGCUAACUUCUCGACUGAAAGACCUUCCCAUGUCCCCUGAUCCUGAGUCACCUAGCCCCCAAACCAGUUGCCAGGCUGAAAUCUCAGAUUUCAGUACAGAUCGCAUUGAUUUUUUCAGUGCCCUGGAGAAGUUUGUAGAGCUCUCUCAAGAAUCCCGGUCUCGAUCUUUUUCUCACUCAAGGAUGGAGGAGUUUAGUGGAAGCAGAAGUGAGAGCUGUCGACUGUCGGUGGUGGAGGUAGUCCCAUCUGAAGUGACUGCUGAUGACCAGAGAAGCAGCUCUUUAAGUAAUACUCCCCAUGCAUCUGAAGAAUCUUCAGUGGAUGAGGAACAGUCAAAGGCACUCUCAGAACUGGUCAGCCCAGAUAUCUUGAUGCAAUCUCACUCUGAAAAUGCAAUUUCAGUCAAAGAAAUUGUGACUGAAAUUGAGUCUAUCAGUCAAGGAGUUGGACAGAUUCCGCUGAAAGGAGACGUCCCAUCCAACCCAUGCCAUACACCAAAGAAGAACACCAUCCAUGAGCUGCCCCUAGAGAGAUCCCAGAGCCCUGAAAACAAGCUUGGACAUAUGGAGCAGGAUGAGAGUUUCUACACAGCCCAGCCUGAACUAGACCAAGACUCAGGGAAGUACAACCCAGAAGGCUGCCUAGCCAUACACUCAGCCACAGCAGAUGUGGAAGAAGACAACCAAGAGGAAGGGGAACAUGAACUCUGGGGCCCAGGGAUGCAUCCCAGUGCCAAGUGGUGCCCUGGAUCUGUGAGAAGAGCCACCCUGGAGUUUGAAGAGCGCUUACGGCAGGAGCAGGAUCACCAUGGUACUAGCCCUGCAUGUACCUCCUUGUCCACUCGCAAGAAUUCUAAGAAUGAUUCUUCUGUGGCAGACCUAGCACCAAAAGGGAAAAAUGAUGAGUUCGUCUCAGAACACUCAUUUGCCCCUAAGGAACGAGAGAUGAGCAAGGGCAAAGAGAAAUGCCGUGGGUCUGAAGCUAGCUCACUAUCCCAUUCUGAACAGAAUGUCAUUGUUCCAGCACCCCAGCUGCCAGAGUAUCACUCCUUCCCUUCCCAAGAGUUCCCAGGAUCAGAUACCAGAACAAAACAGGAUGGAGUCCUGAAGGAGCAGAGGACUGUGAUUUCUCACCAAGCACCUGAAACACAAGCCGUCCCUCCUUCCCUUCCCAAAAGGAUAGAAAUCAUUGAGUAUACCCACACAGUUACAUCACUUGAGCAUACUGAGCUAGGGGGUAAAAUAGCCCCCAGAGAAGAGUAUGAGGAACAAGGACUGAGGAAAGUGAAGGUAGAGAAGUCUAUCACUAUGCUCUGUGCCCUGGAUGAAAAUCUGAACAGAACUUUAGACCCCAACCAGGUUUCUCUGCACCCACAAUUGCUACCUCUGCCUCAUUCUUCCUUUCCUGAGUAUAACAGGCCCACUGACUUGACCUUCAUGCUGAGAAGCCCUGAAGACAGGGGCAAUAGCCCAUCUACAACCUUAGAGACAACAGCACCUUUUGUCAGUCAUACAACCCACAUGCCACCUACCAGCUUGGAUUACCUGCAUCCCCAGACCAUGGUUCGCCUGGAAGGCUGCACAGAACAAAGCAGCACCACAGACAGUGAGCCCUCCGCAGAGCAGCUUAACUGGCAAGAAAGCCAAGGGGGCCCUGUCUCCAGUGGCCAUGAAAUGCCACACAAAGGCUCUCAGUCAAGUAAUGAAGAUGUAAAUUUAAUUAGCAAACUUGGUGACAAUGUUGGGGAGUUGCAGAAACAACUGGAUCCAUCACUCGUAGCCUGUCACCUCCCACAUAGCUCUGCUGAAAAUGUAAAGGGUCUCGGCCACAGCCCUGGUGUGGUGAAGGAGCGUGCUAAAGAAAUUGAGUCUCGAGUAGUUUUCCAGGCAGGUGUCACCAAACCAUCCCAAAUGAGGCGCUCAGCUUCCUUCGCCAAGUUAGGCUACCUGGACCUUUGUAAAGACUGCUUACCAGAGAGAGAGCCCCUCUCCUCUGAAUCCACUCAUCUCAAACUGCUUCAGCCCUUCAUCAGAACAGACUCAGGCAUGCGUGCCAUAGAGGCCCAGGAGCCCCCCAAAAACCCAGGUGCCCCUCAGAACCCAGAGCCUACCAAGUAUUUUGUAGAGCAACUCCGAACAACAGAGUGUAUUGCACAGAGCAAGCCAGUGGAGAGGCCCCUCGUGCAGUAUGCCAAAGAAUUUGGUUACAGUCAGCAGUGUCUGCUCCCCCGGGCAGGACCAGAAUUGACUAAUUCUGAAGGAGGCCUUCCUUUGCUCCAGACCCAGGAACUGCAAUGUGCAGGCUCGGCUCCAGGGCUGGCUGUGGCACCCCGUCAGCAACAUGGCAGAACUCACCCCCUUAGGAGACUGAAAAGGGCAAAUGACAAAAAACGGACAACCAACCCCUUCUAUAACACCAUGUGAUUCUGAGCCUAUACAUGUGAUUUUCUAAGAGAAAUGUUUGUAAAAGGGGCAGGUGUAAUAUGUAAGGAACAUGCACUUUAUUGGUUAAUUUUAUAAUAUUUCUGUCAUUUUACUGUUCCUGGCACAUGCAGGGUUUGGGUUUUUCUGUGCGUGUGUGUGUGUUUGUGUUUGUGUGUGUGUGUGUGUGUGUAGAGUAAGAUUGACUUGAUGGCAAGAACGUUAUCACUUUUUAUUUUUUAAAAAUUCAAACCUCAAAAAAAUACAUUUUUCAAAGAACACCUUUAUCAAAGGCAAAUUGCUGUUUUUCAAUCAACUGCCACCUGCUCCUCAUUUUGCCCUCUGAGAAAAAGCAUGCUUGAUUUUCAUUUUAUUGAGGGAAGGAAGCAGAUGGGGAAGGGUGGCACUGAAGCUGAGAAACGGAAACGUUCCCCAGGCCUGCAGCAUUGAAUGGGCUGAAGGACGGCUGGAGGGUCGGCAUUCUCAGCCUUGGUCUCCAAGCCUAGCUCUGGGACUUCUGGAAAUGGGGAGGUUCCGCCUUGCUUUUUGAUGUUUUUUUAGACAGGGUCUUACUAUGUAGCCCAGGCUAGCCUCCGCCUCCUAAGUACUGGUAUUACAGGCAUGCUCCACCAGCCCUGACUCUGCUUUGCUAUAAAAAGGGUCUUCUAGAAUUCAUAUCUUCUGGUGUUCUAGAGUAUGUCAUUACAGAAAGGCAAGAUAGUGUGGCUGCUUUUGUAAAUUUAUCAAGCAUAUGCGUUUUCCCCAAGGGAAAAAAAAAGGAAUGAAUUAAAAGGAACCCCAAUUGAAAUCUGGCAGAUGUUCAGUAGAGUGUAAGGGGGAUUGGCCGCUGCCCAGCACUUCCUGAGUUGCAGGAUGCACACAGGUGGUCACCUGUGCCAACUCCGCUGACCUAUGACCUACAGCAGCCUCCGACUAAGACACAGUGGGGACUGGUUUGAAAAACAGCAAUCAAAAGUCCAUGUGUUCUUGUAAAAUGGAUACAUAUGUAGGGUUUUAACCCUCCCAUUACUUGAAUAAUUCUGUAGGUCUUCUGAGUCUUAUGGCCACAUUUUUUCCAGUAUAUUUUCCUUCCCCUUGCUGUUUGCCCCAUCCUACCUAUUUUUUUUAAUUUCAUAGGUUAUAUUUGAAUUGUUACAUUACAUAUUACAUUGAAUGCAAAGUUUUCUACAUUCUCACUGUUAACACUUGACAUGUUUUUUGUAUGGUUUUUUUUUUCCUUUUCCUGGAAGGUUUGUCAUUUUUCUAAAGUUUAUACACAGUAUUUAUGUACAUUGUGUUGUCACUUGCUUACUGUUUUGCUGUUGAUAUAGUGGGGCCCUUUUCUUUCUUUUUUGGUAAGAAAGAGUAGAGUUGCAACUGGAAACACAUAAAGACAUGAGAAAUAGUCAUUGAUAGGAACCUGCGCAGCAUAUUGGUGGCAGUUUUAAUUGUUCAAAGAGGCUUCUAACCUCCAGCUCUGCUCCUGUUGGAUCACAGUGUAGAUGAAGACUGAUUUGUGUUUGAGAUGUUGUUUGCCAGGAGCUGAAGCACAGCCAGGAAAAGAGAGAGAGAGAGAGAGAGUGUGUGUGUGUGUGUGUGUGUGUGUGUGUGUGUGUGUGUGUGUGUGUGUGCGCGCGCGCGCAUGUGUACAUGUGUACAAGAUGCCCAGGGUAGAAGCUCCUAAUGGAGACUGAGAGGCCACAGGGGAGUCCUCAGCCAAGAGUAAGCACCCAUAAUGAGUCCAUUUAGGAUAGCUUUUCUUUGCCACUGUCAUGAAGAUCCUUAACACAGGAGCACCUGCCACAAACAAGCCACUUUGAGCUGCUUACAGGAAACAGAUUUAGCCUGGAAUGAAACUCCCAACAUAGCUCAUCAAAACUGAAGAGGUUGCGGAUUUGCUUCCUGUCUGCUUUGGUUGAUAUCUACAUUGUUGAGGAUUGGGUUUUGGUUCAUCGUAACAAUGAGAGAAAAAGAUGCAUGUACAGAUUGUCAAGGUGAUAUCAGAGGCCAGGGUUUGGAGAGGGGCAGGUAGUAGGAUAUAGAAAAAAGUGGACUCAAGCUUCCUUUAAAGCAGACGUUUCAAAGCAAAUAGAUCCAUUUACCAUAUAGAAUCCAUGAGUGGGUCUGAUAAUCACUUCCAGGAGGCAGGUUGGACAGGAAGCCCUGCUAAAAGUAUAUGGUGUAGUAGUUUUGUGUACCUGUGCCAUCCUUUCAGUAGUUUCCUUAAAUCCUAGUGUUUUGUGGUGACUGGAUAUCGUUGUUAAGGGUUUUGUUAGGUGAUUUAUAUCAGCUCAAGUAUACUUGGGAAACAGGGUGAUCAAUUCCAGGGCUCAUCCAUCUAAAGCACCCUGUCUUGUGGAGGAAUCCCACUACCAGCUUGUUAGGGAAAGGACAAGAAAGUAUGGCAAGGAUGAGGAGAAGAGGAAUUGAAUAGGGAUUGAGUGACAUCAGUGCCCCAGACAUUAAAAAACAAGCAGUAUCCAUCACAGGACGCUGUUCCCUCUCCUCACCCCCAGUCUUUAGUGCUCACACAACAGAGUCUGGAAGGGAACCCCCUCAUGCCAUGAGGAAAAAAUGUAAAACCCAAACUAUUUUUUUUAAGAAUGGAAGAAAGUCUUACUCUGCCUUUGUUUUUUUAUUAUUAUUACAUUUUUUACCAUUUAACUUACCUGCCUAAGUAAAACAUCUUUACAGAGUUUAUGAUCCAGCCAUGCCGAGGGGUCUUGCCAGCCUCUAAACCCCCACAUUUGGGUGUUCAUGAGUGAUGUACAUAGCUGAGUAAAUGUCCAGGAAAAGCGCACAUAAUGAACUGCAUAAAGGACUUUGCAGUCUCUUCAGACAUUUUUUAAAAUAAUUUCAGGUGAUCCGUUUCUCCUUUCUGUUCAUAGAAAGCCCAUCAGGUUUGGCAAAUUAACAGAACUGAGCAGGAAAACUUUGACCUCUUGUCUAGUGUUUGUACUCUUGCUCGGGAUUUGACUUCUUUUCUUUUUCUAAGAUCACUCUAGUUUCUCAGUAACUCUGGAGGAAUGUUUGUGUGUGCAUGCUUGCACAAGUGGACAUGUGCAUUAAAAAGUCGUGACAUUUCAGUGCAUGGGGUAAAAGCCCCAGAGCACAUGGCUUCGAGUUGUACCUGGAUGGUUACCUGAUCAGUAGGAGAGAAACCCCAUUGCAUCUUAAUUUUCAGAAACACUUAGCAGUAGCAUAUACUAUAGUAGACACUUAGCACUGUAGUAAGGUAGUGAUCAUCUCUCCCCAUUUUGGUUGCCUUUCAAAUUCAAUUGAGAACAUGUUCUGGAAUCAUUCCUAGCAUCUCAGCCUUAGCAGGCUCUUUAGUGUUUUCCUCAUUCUGUACCUUUGUCCCAAAUGGUAUUUCCUCACUUUGGAAACUACCAAGAACUCCAAGGACAGCCUGAGGGUUCCAGCCUGGGCUCUGAGGUCCCCUCCUGUUCAUGGGCCCCAAUUAUUGGGUAGACCUGAAUAAUUUUCAGUCAUGAAGUGAUCUAGUUGAGUAAAGAUGUUUUGUGAAAGUAACUGUUGGGUUUGGUUUUUUUCCCCUAAGAAAGCAUUAUGCAAAAAGAGUCACUUUUAAGGGCAUUUUCAAAUAAAGCCAUUUUUUGGCUUUUUCAGACAAUUUAUGGAUACUUUGUUUACAUUGUGAGUAUUAAAAUAUGCAUCAUCUCAUUGGCCACUCAGUCCUCCAGGCACCCAGGCCCUGGCUGUCCUGUGAGUCCUCACUCGGAGCAGUGCCAUAAUGUCAGCCCUGUGGAUAAGUGGGUAAAGCCUGGAGCUGACUACCAUCCAUAUCCUGUAUCUCAUCCAACAGUCAUCAUUUCUAAAGUGGUGGUGUGUCUUAAUAGUGAUGGUCAUGAUGGUGAAUGGGUAGUAUGUUUUUGUUUAAUUUUGUUUUCCUUUUUUGAUGGUAGACAAGAUGAAAUUUUAAUUGUUUUCAGCACCAUCCAACUUAAAAGCAUUGUGGACUUUGUUUUCCCUUCUGAACUAAAAGAUCAAAGCAUGUAUUAGACAUAAGUGUAUUUGUUGCCUCAACUCAUCCAACAUACUUGUAUUAGGGAAAGGCCUGCUUCCAAAGAUGGAAGCUGCACAUUCCUUACUCCCAGUGAUCGAGGUCCCUUGACGCCAUUGAUGAGCUGUUGCAAGGUGCUUCUGUAUCUUUUUUCAGCCUGGAAGUGGAGGAUAGCUGGGCCUAGCUUCAGCUAUGAAAACAGAACCAGCCUCAUCUUCUCAAUGCCCCAGAGAUCUAGGAAAGGAUUUCUAAACUGGACUCACCCUUAUCAGCUUGAAGAUUCUCCCAAGAGGUAUAGGACUGGUGCUGCCAUCCAUGCCCUAGAGUAUACUGGUAGCAGCAUCCUGGGUACACAUGCAGAGCUGACCCUGAAAUGCCUCCUAAUCAAGAAGCCCACCUGGAAUUGUUUGGGUUUUAUGCUUUGUUGGCUUUUGAUUUGCUUGGCAUAGCUAAAGGUGCCUUUUCUUGUUUUUUUUUUUUUCUUUAUUUUGUAGGACUUGUUCUAAACAUGAAAAAAACAAGUCCAGAAGACUCUCCCACCGACUGUUACCUUUGCCCCCAGGCUACCCCAAACUUUGAUGCUCACAUUUUAUUAAAUAAAGCAGGUGCUCCCUGGAAUCUCUGGGAACUUUUUGAGGCAUUUGAAGCAGAAUAUAGAGUGGUCUCAUCUCCUUCCUUAAUCUUCCUGGUGGUUGGGAUGUUCCACUUGUAUCAUAGAGUUUUUUUAUUACUGAUGUGCUCCGCUGUUUUUAAAUGUGAACUUGUGCGCAAAUGUGCAGAUUCAAUGUUCUUGUUACAGAUUGAAUAAAUUUUUAUUUUGAAGA